UCAACCUCUACACUCAUCCUUCGUCUGCUCAAACAUGAAGACUGUGGUGAUUCUUCUGCUGUUGCUGAACGUCGCGAUACACAGCGAGGCACUGAAAUGUUACACCUGCGUCGCGACCAAUCAGGAGGAGUGUAACCGACAAGGCUUGACUGUAUGUCCUGCUAACUCAGACGCCUGCGCCACCAUCACAGGAGCCAACUCAGUGAUGAAGUCAUGCUCCUUUAAAUCGUUCUGUGAUAAAUCCCACAUGAGUAAUGGAGGAAUGAAGCUGGAGUGCUGCUUUGGUGAUGAGUGUAACGGGCCGCACCGCGCUCAUAGUCACGGAGAACAUGGCAACGGCGCCGCGGCUCCGGGUUCCAGCCUGAACCUCCUCCUGGGAGCGCUGAUGAUCCGAGCUGUUGUCAGUUUUGUGUAAAAUUUUAUUUAUGCCAAAAGUAAACACUAUAGGACAUAUUUUUAGUAUUGGAGCAUGAGCUUUUAAAAUCUUAACAAUGUUCAUAGUGAGCGUACACUAACAGAAGCAAGUUUUGGACACGCCUACCCUUCAAUGGGACUAUUUUCUAAUAUUUUAAAGCAAUGAUGGAGAUAUUAACUCUAUGAAAUAAUAAAUAUGGUGACCGUCAUUGACCAAUAUUGUUCACCAAAAUAAUUUUUUAUAAUUUAUACUCUUUAUAGUUUUCCUGCUGAAACAAUAUUAUUUUGACGAAAAGCAAAAGCUCUUUUAAUACAGUAAUACAUGUAUAAACCAAUCUCAACUUUACUAAUGAUAUUGUUUUCUGUAAUUCUAUGUAGUUUCAAAAUGUCUUAUUACUGGUGCGUCCAAAUUUCAACUGGUAUUGUACAUUGCUUUGUGUGUGUGUGUAUUAAUGGAAAAAGUUUGUAUCAGUUACAUUUUCAUCACUUGUUAGUUGUAAAAGCCUCAAAUGUCAAGUAAAAAAAAUUUAGCAAUCUAAUUUACAGAAUAAAUGAAUGUAAAAUUUCCAUUUGGCUAUCUGUUUUACACUGUGUGCUUGAACAGUCCAGACUUCAUCAUUAAGGUCUAACGAGGCUUAAAAUGUUGUAGAUUCAUUUGCAUAGCUAGUAGAGCUUAAUAGAGCUUUUAUUAAGCAUAAAGCUACUAAAAAUGUGUUACUGAAUGUUCGCAGUUGGUGAUAUACAGUAUAUAGACUCUAAUGGAUGGCUUAAUA